CCCCAGAUGCGGCUUGGGGUUCUGGGCUGGCCCAGGCCGCGGGAUCCCAGGGUUUCCGACAGGCCGGCAGGCCCCUUCCCAGUCCCCAGAGCAGGCCAGGCCCAGCGUCCGGCUCGGGCAUGACCUUUGGGGAGAGAAAAAUAACCUGGCCCAGCUUUGCGAUUUCUCUGCGGAGCUAUGCCUGGAUCUCGGGCAAGGCGGCCUUCUUUUUCCCAGUGCUCAUUCUUAUUAGACAAAAUAAAUUAAAAGACUCCACGGGGUAGGGCUGGAGCUGUGGGCCGAGAGAGCGGGGACAUUUUGAGGUCUGUCUAUUCCUCCUCGCUAGAACUUGUUGCCCCUGGGCACUGGAAGGGGUCUUUUACCGGGCAGAGAGAGCUCUGGGGAAGGAGUUGCGAGUAGCGGACUGUUGUUGGUCACGGAACCGCUGUCGUUGGGGUGACAAACCCCUUAGCCGGCCUCCUGUGAAAGCCGGACCUUUCUGUGGCGGAAAAAGACCAUGCCGUCCAUCAGCAGUGACCGGGCCGCGCUCUGCGCGGGCUGCGGAGGUAAGAUCUCCGACCGCUACUACCUACUGGCAGUGGACAAACAGUGGCACAUGCGUUGCCUGAAGUGCUGCGAGUGUAAACUCAACCUGGAAUCGGAGCUCACCUGCUUCAGCAAGGACGGCAGCAUUUACUGCAAGGAAGACUAUUACAGGCGGUUCUCUGUGCAACGCUGUGCCCGUUGUCACCUGGGCAUCUCAGCAUCAGAGAUGGUGAUGCGCGCCCGGGACCUGGUUUACCAUCUCAACUGCUUCACCUGCACCACGUGCAACAAGAUGCUGACCACAGGCGACCACUUUGGUGGAAUGAAGGAUAGUCUGGUCUACUGCCGGCUGCACUUCGAGGCGCUGCUGCAGGGUGACUACCAGGCCCACUUCAACCACGCAGAUGUGGCGGCGGCGGCGGCAGCUGCAGCAGCAGCCGCAGCCAAGGGCUCGGGUUUGGGCGCCGGCGGGGCCAACACCUUGGGCCUCCCUUACUACAAUGGCGUGGGCACAGUGCAGAAGGGGCGGCCGCGGAAACGCAAGAGCCCAGGGCCUGGGGCGGACCUGGCGGCCUACAAUGCAGCACUGAGCUGCAAUGAAAAUGACGGGGACCAUCUGGACAGGGACCAGCAGUACCCCAGCAGCCAGAAGACUAAGAGAAUGCGGACCUCCUUCAAACAUCACCAGCUGAGGACGAUGAAGUCCUAUUUUGCUAUUAACCAUAAUCCCGAUGCCAAGGACUUGAAACAGCUCGCACAGAAGACCGGUCUUACCAAAAGAGUCCUCCAGGUCUGGUUUCAGAAUGCCAGAGCUAAAUUCAGGCGGAACCUUCUACGCCAGGAGAACACAGGGGUGGACAAGACCUCAGACUCCACACUACAGACGGGGACCCCAUCGGGCCCAGCCUCAGAGAUUUCCAACGCAUCCAUGAGCCCCUCCAGCACCCCCACCACCCUCACGGACUUGACUAAUCCCACAAUGCCAACUGUGACAUCUGUCUUAACUUCCGUGCCUGGGAGCCUGGAGGGCCAUGAGUCCAGGAGUCCUACACAGACAACUCUUACAAACCUUUUCUGAUGACGCUUUCCCAAUAAUUUCUUUAAAAAAGAAAUUAUCCUUUAGUUGAAUUCCAAGUGUAUUUUAAAUAGAGGCUUUGAGCAACUAACUAACCACAUUUUAGGAUCUCGCCUGGAAACAGAGGGGGAAAAAUGAGUGUUCUGGUAACUACAGAGUGUGGACUGAAAAUUAACUUGGAAGAUCUAUCCGCAACACAACAUUUGUGUAACUGUACAGUUUUGUGGACUGACUGAGCAAGGAAAACAAGAAUUAAUUUAAGUUGGCUAGAGCUUCUUGUAUUUCAAAGACUGCCACGUGCCUUAUAUACUGUUUUAUCUACAUACUGGAUUUCCCAUGUCCAUUUUCUCUCUUGCCUCCUUUUCUCUCUGUAUAUUUAUGACCAGAGCAAAAAUGUUUAAAAAAAAAAGUUUGUUACUUUGAAUAGUUCU